UCUCUCUCUCAUCUCUCGUAUAUACGAUCCUGCAAUCUUGUAUAAUAAAAGAAUGCUUGCCUCCAUAUUAUAAUGCCCCUUCUCCACCUUCUCCACAACGACUCUCUCUCUCUUUCUCUCUCUUCUGUUCUCUCCUGAUUCAUUAUAUAGAAGGAGCUCAUUCUCUAAAUGUUUUCUCUUUCAUGAAAAGCUCUACUUAAGAACUCCAUAGACCUACUAGUGAUCAUAAAUCUUGUGUUUUUUAUGAAAGAGUAGAUGGGUUGUGUCUGUCGAUUGAAGAGAGAAAUGGGCUUUUUUGUGAACUCUCUGGUUGGAUAAUCCGACCCUUUUCAGGUUAAGUUCAUAUGCAAAACAAAUUUAAAAGCAGAGCUUUAUGAGACACUCAAGAAAACAAAAGAAAAUUGAAGAAGUAACUGAAAAGGGAUCAGAGACAGAGGAAAUGGAAAUGGAUGACCUUCCUGAUGCAAUACUCCAGUAUAUCCUCUCAUUCAUAAGCCAUGCUAAGGAUGUAGCAUCCUGCUCCUGUGUUUCCAAUCGAUGGAAAGAAGCCAUGCCUUACAUUCGAAGCCUCUAUUUCCCUCGGAACUCCUUUGAUGAAAGGACCAACUCUGCUGAUUCCAUUCUCACUCAAAUGAUCACUUCCACCACUUCUUUGGAGAGAUUGGUUGUUUACUGCCCAUUUUCUGUCUCGAGCCUGUCUUCCUGGUUAUCAAGGGUACACCAAUCUCUGAAGCACCUGGAGCUUCGCCUUGAUAGUUUAAAUGAGAAGAAACCCAUGAAUGAGAACCGAACAAAGCUUGAUUGUAUAGGAUGUGCUACUCGAUUGGAGACUCUGAAACUUUGGGGUGUUCUUCUUGUUCAUUCUCCAAAGUGGUUCAUGUUCAAGAACCUUCACACUCUAGAAAUGAUUGGAGUAAGGUUGAGGGAUAAUGCUUUGGCUGAGGCGCUUAGGGCUUGUCCCAAUUUGACCCAUUUAUCCUUGCUUGGAUGUGAUGGUACGAAGGUUGUUUCCAUAGAUUUGCAGAAGUUAGAAGAGUUUAGAUUGGAUUUCUAUGGCCUCGGUGAUAGCUUUCUCUCUCUAGACACUCCAAAGCUUCGGCUGCUUGAGGUUCAGGGGGCUUGCUGGAUUCGUGUCAAUCAGAAUUCUUCUCUGAAAUAUCUUUCAAUUGCAAAUAAUGCAGGUAAAGUGGCAAAAGUGAACUUUGGAAAGCUAGAAGCUUUAGAAUAUUUAUCAAUCAGAGGAGUGCAAUGGGGCUGGGAUGCAGUUACAUCUAUUUUGCAAUCUGCAACUGAAGUUAAACACUUGGUUAUGAAGAUCGAAUUUAGUGGGGAUUCAGAAACACUCCAACCAUUUCCUGAGAUAGAUUUUGUUGAAUUCUUCAGCAAGCAUCCUAAACUCUGCAACUUUGAAUGCCAUGGAGCCAUGUUUGCUGCUCUUUGCCAAAAGAAUAGCCUAAAAAGAAUUAACUCGAAAUUCAUGAUUCCAAGCCUGGAGCAAGUUUUGGUCACAGUUAGGUCACCCUUAAAUGCAGAACAAAAGCUGACAACUUUGGAGUCAUUGGUUAAGUACAGCAAGAGACUGAGAAGAAUGGUGAUCAGGGUUUCACAGAUGAAGAAUUGUCACGAGUGUGCAGAUGAUUUCUUUGAGGAUAUUUGCAGGUUGAAGCUCAGAAAUAGCAACAUUAUACGGAUUGAAUAAUGACACUUGUAUUUGAAGUUCCCAUUUAAUAACCUCUACUAGCAUUAUUUUCGCUGCCAUGAAUUUGUUGUGGGAAAGCACAAGUGUACUUGAUCAUUUAUUCCUAA